CCUUAAUGAGCACGAGUGUAUGUUACCAUGGGCUGCAGAGGUCUGAACGCGGCUUAAUUCUGAAACAAACUAUACUUCUUUGAUUCCCAUCACUGACCACGUCAAGUAUUUUAACGUCCAUGUUCUUUUCAUAGGAAGACUUUAAGUAGAUAAACACCAUGUUGAUGCCCAAGAAGAACCGUAUUGCUAUUUAUGAGUACCUCUUCAAAGAGGGUGUAAUGGUGGCCAUGAAGGAUUAUCAUGCACCGAAACAUCCUGAACUGGAAACCAUUCCGAACCUUCACGUCAUUAAGGCUAUGCAGUCUUUGAAGUCAAGAGGAUACGUGAAGGAGCAAUUCGCAUGGAGACACUAUUAUUGGUAUCUAACUAAUGAAGGUAUUGGAUACUUGCGAGGAUAUUUACAUCUUCCACCCGAAAUCGUGCCUUCUACUUUGAAGAGACAAGCCAGAUCGGAAACAGCGAGACCAAGGCCUACUGCCGGUCCAAGGACUGAAGGCUCAAGACCUGCGGAAGAUCGCUCAGGAUAUAGAAGAGGACCCAGUGGUGCUGGGGAAAAGAAAACUGAUGUAGGUGCAGGUAUUGGAGAUUUGGAAUUCCGCGGUGGCUUUGGACGUGGUAAAGCUCCUCAAUAAAUGAUUUAAUUUUAUUCAAUUAA